CCAACUUGAGUGUUCUAUCCCACUCGGCCCAACUAAUGCACCGGCGUCGAUCGAGGCAUUGGACAGCUUCUCAACUAAGCUUUGAUUGCCAUGUUUUGUUGUCCCGCACGCCGGGCCAGGGUCACAGUGGAGCGAGGCUGAGCACCCACAUUGCGGAACCGACUUCACCCAAUUCGAUGGGCGAGCCCGCCUCGGUAAGUAACUUUAAUCCGACCGUUAUUCCACGGAGAAUGGGGAAUGGAUGAUUGGAUGCGUUCCAGGACCGUUGCCUCGGAUCGCUGAGAUGCCGCUAGCUCUACUACUUAGUACCAAGGCCGGCGCGUGCGGAGGCCUCACGGGCCGAGCAAUGUUUGAGAGUCGAGACCACGGCGUCUGCUGCGACAAUCUCCCUGUCGACGUGUCUUAUGUACAUGUACCGUGCGUACGCUGCAUUUAAUGCACCGCUGGGCGCGUAGGAGUACUCCCAGCCCGUCAGCGCUGUCUCAAAAGGGCCAGCUCAGACAUGAAGGCUCGGCAUUUCUCUGCCGCGUUGGCGUUGGUCGGUUGCACGGCAAGCCUAAACGAAACGCCAACCGAAUAAGAUUGUCCGGGAGCGUCGAGGGGCGGCCGCCGUCUCGCGGGGUACGACAGGGAGGCUGUGUCAACAGUGUUUGGGGAGCUCGACGCCAGUGCAAUUUGCGGCACCCCUGUUUGGGAUGUGAGUGAGG